UUUUAAAAUUACGCAAUAUUAAUUUAUCUUAUGAAAUGAAUGAGUACGACAAUGUUCAGAAAAAAUUAAAGCAGCAUUGGACAUCGAAUUUGUUUGCCUUUAUACUUUUGUUAAUACGCAUCUAACGUGUCAUUUCGGUCAAACGUAGAUGGCGGUGAAAUGGUAAAUGUGUCUAGACUAGCCCUUGUGUUUGGGCUUUGUGGACUUGUACACUCUGCUUUCUCAGCUGCACAGCGUAAACUCCUAAUAAUUUAAACAAUCAUACCUUAUUUAACUAAUAUAGAUCGUUCAUAUAUUCGUCUAACUGAUCAGGAGUACAUCUCACUACCGGCAGAUAUUAUUGUCCAGAUAUUUCUCUCCUUCAUUGCUGUGUGCAUAGGAGUUGUCGGUCUAUCUGGGACUUUAAAGGAAAUAGAAGCCGCCUCAGAAUUUAGAGAAAAAACUUGGGAUUCACUUGGGAAUCAUCCAUCCUUCUAUACCUUCCAUCACCGCAAACUCCCUUGUUUGUCACAAACUACUCACUAGUGUUUUGUGUUCUUAGUGCAGUCUGAUGACCCCUAAUCCUCUUGCUUCUGCUGUAGGACACACAGAUUCAGUGACAGCAUUGUCACUCUCUGAUAAUCUUUUAGCUUCUGGAGGAGAGGACGGAAAUACAUACCUCUGGUCUUUGGAUCAAAGUCAAUUUCCCGUUCUCUGUGCCCCAAGAUUAGAUCACUGUUCUAGUCUCAAGUUUAGUGCGGCAAGAUCGCAUAUUCUGUACAGCGCAUAUGGUCAGCAAAUCGUCUUAUGGGAUAUUCGUCGUAUGACUGAGCCGGUUGUUACUUGGGAGGUUAAUGAUGAUGAAAUCAACUCAAUUGACUUUUCUGGAGAUGAGCAUCGUCUUUCGUCUGCAGAUGAUUCUGGAGCUGUUCAAAUUAUUGACGUGAAUAAUGGCCAGGUUACGCGUACUCUUAAGAAACAUGAUAACAUAUGUUCUUCAGCUAAAUUUCGUCCUGGCCGAACAUGGCAAUUGAUUAGUGGUGGCCUUGAUUGCAGAGUUAUUGUCUCUGACUGGAAAGGCUCUGGUCUCGGUGUAAUCAUUUUUGAAAUGGAUGAAAUCGUUGAAAGUCCUGAAGAGUUCUUACAGUCCUUGCCAACUGGAUCAAGCACAAGUAGUAAUGACAAUGUGGAAAUCGACUAUGAUAAUUCAGAUGACACAGACUUCGGAGCUACUUAUGCAGCUGGACAUUCUCAAAUUAUCGCUGAUAAUAGUUCCUUAAGUCCAUCCUCUGGGAUUGGUUCUGAGUCCAGAAGCGAGCACUCUGUUUUGAGUGAUGAUGAGCACUUCAGAAUUACUAGCGACCAUUCGUAUUCGCGAAGCCGUCACACAGAACGACAUGAGCAACCACAUGUUUCAGAUCAACGCAUAUCAUCAAAUCAUGUAACUUGGAGAUCUGGAUUGCCAAUUAAUCCUCCAAUGGUUCACUCUGUUGCCUGUUCAGCGUCUGGAGAUUUUGUGGCUGCUGGACUUGAAAGUAGCACUAUCGAACUAUUCGCGGGUGAUGGCAAGCGUUUGAACCAUUUAGAGUCACUCUAUGGUCACACGCGUGGGGUAUCGGCUCUUCAUUUCAUUGAUGAUUCAUUCUUAAUCAGUGGUGGCAAUGAUCAAAAUAUAUUCAUCUGGACACUAGGAUCAGAAGUUACAGGUUACAAUGUAUUCCAUGGCGAAAAAGUUAGUGCUUUUGAAGGGACACAUCUUGAUCGUAUCAUAGUUGCGGAUUUUUCUCCUGUUAUCCAAGUACUGAAUUUGUCUAUCCAGUGAAAUACCAAUGUGUUACUCUCUGUUUUGUUUUGUUGAACAAUUCUUGUUUGUACAUUACUCAUUAUAUUAUUUCGCCAUUCGAUAUAGUUUGUUGCUAUUUUUGAUAUAUCUACCAAUAAAGUUACUGUAAUACCCACUCCCCAUCUUACUUGCACUUUUGAUUCCUAUUCAAUAUUGGCUCAGUAAGACUAUGUUUACUGGCUUAAUAGUUUUAGGUAAUUUGUAUUUCUUCUAUAUACACCAUUUUCUUGCAUUUUUUAACACUUCAUCUCAGUGUAACCUUAAAAACUUCGUAAAAUGAUGACAUUCAAAAAUUUUAUAAAUUCCUGAAUCAUAGAAUGUAGCUUUUUGCUUUUUUCUAUAUAUUGACAAAAAAUCCAUUUUAAUAACUUUGAGGGACCGAUUGUUUAUUUGUAAUGAAAUUGACUGUAAGAAUUUUAAAAAAUAUCAUAUGAUAAGUCUGUUACUGGGACGCUUACUACUAACUGCCUAGCUUCUUCCUAUAACCCUAGCUUACUUUUACACUUCAACUGGAACAGUAAAGAAGAGGCUCGAAAUACGAGUAAAAACUCCAAGGUUAUGCGCAGAGUCCAUUGUAUUCAUAAACUUUUAUGUGUCUCCAAAAAUACUAGAUAGAGUCACGACGUAAGUAAUUAUCCUAUCAGAGCGUGAUACUUGAUCCCUUCAUUUUUCUAUAUAUUUCUGAAAAAAUUCUAUUGUGUCACUGAGCGUUUUCUGAACCUCUAGAGAUUUUGAACCCUCUGGUACUAUUGUAG